UUUUAUUAUUUGUCCGGAAACAAGAAAGGAUCGAUGGAACUUCCCUUCAUCUCCCUGCUUCCCUAUGGAAUCCUCUUCAUCAUCUCUGCAGUUUCACUAUCAUACCUCAUAAACAAACACAAAUAUUCUCUCUCCUCCCUCAACAACCUCCCGCCUGGUAAUACCGGUUUGCCAUUAAUCGGUGAAAGUCUGGAGUUCCUGACCACGGGGCAAAAGGGUCAGCCGGAGAAGUUCAUAUUAGACAGAAUGGCAAAGUUCUCAUCCAAAGUCUUCAAAACCUCGUUGUUUUGUGAACCAACUGCAGUAUUCUGUGGUGCAGCAGGGAACAAGUUCUUGUUCUCUAAUGAGAAUAAGCUUGUCACUGCUUGGUGGCCUGAUUCUGUCAACAAAAUCUUCCCUUCCUCUCUACAAACUUCUUCACAAGAAGAAUCCAAGAAAAUGAGAAAGCUUUUCCCGCUUUUUUUCAAGCCAGAAUCACUUCAAAGAUAUAUUAGUGUGAUGGAUGUGAUUGCACAAAGGCACUUGGCAUCUGAUUGGGAAGGCAAACAGGAAGUCAGUGUUUUCCCUCUGGCUAAGACGUACACUUUUUGGUUAGCUUGCCGAUUAUUUCUAAGCAUGGAAGAUCCUGAGGAAGUCCAAAAGUUCGCCAAACCCUUCAAUGAUUUAGCCGCUGGGAUUAUAUCUAUACCCAUUGAUUUGCCCUGGACACCCUUUAAUCGCGGGGUCAAAGCAUCAAAAGUGGUGCACAAGGAGCUUCUAAAGAUCAUAAAGCAGAGGAAGAUUGAUCUAGCGGAGAACAAGGCAUCCCCCACACAAGAUAUACUGUCCCAUAUGCUAACCACAGCUGACGAUAAUGGGCAAUGCAUGAAGGAGAUCGAUAUUGCCGAUAAGAUACUUGGUUUGCUUGUUGGAGGUCACGACACAGCCAGUGCUGCUAUAACUUUUAUUGUCAAGUAUCUUGCAGAGUUGCCUCAUGUCUACAACAAGCUCUUGGAAGAACAAAGAGAGAUUGCAAAAACGAAAACACCUGGAGAGCUGUUGAAUUGGGAGGACAUACAAAGGAUGAGAUAUUCAUGGAACGUUGCCUGUGAAGUGAUGAGAGUUGCUCCCCCACUCCAAGGAGCUUUCCGAGAGGCCAUGACCGAGUUCAACUAUGCAGGUUUUACAAUUCCGAAGGGAUGGAAGCUGUAUUGGAGCGCAAACACUACACACAAAAAUCCUGAAUGUUUCCCUGAGCCAGAGAAUUUUGACCCAUCAAGAUUCGAAGGCGAUGGACCGGCCCCAUACACCUUUGUUCCAUUUGGAGGAGGUCCUAGGAUGUGUCCAGGCAAAGAAUAUGCUAGACUGGAAAUACUCGUUUUCUUGCACAACUUGGUGAAAAAGUUCAGAUGGGAGAAGCUGCUUCCUAAAGAGAUGAUAAUUGUAGAUCCAAUGCCAAUACCUUCAAAAGGCCUUCCGAUCCGCCUCCACCCUCACGAGGCUGCCUAAAUCAACCAAACAUCAAGUUAACUUCCAUUUUGUCUCCAUUCAACUUGUGUCUAAAGGAAUCGAUGUUUAGAACAUCGAUUAGUUUAUCAUUGAUUCCAUUUCAAUUCAAAUGCUACUUGUUCAAACCGGGAGUGUCAUCAGGCCACGAAAGGGCUUAAACAGGAUUUUGCAGCUAAGUACUCCACUGAAAUACUAGAUAACAAAAGUAUGACCUAAAUAAGAACGUGAAGAAUAUCAA